CGUUUCAAUUUCAUAGUCAUAGAUAAUAUGGGAAGGCGUUGUAGAAGAAAGCUCAGUAUUUGAUUCUGAGUAAUAAUUUUUGAUUCGGCAUCCUUAUUAGCUUUAAUUAAUGCCGAUUUCCAAAGUUUAAUAUAAUCCCUAGGUUCAGUUGGUGUUGUGCUAUAUAUCUAACUGGGAGCAUAAAGAAGGCUUAAAACUGGUGUUCGAUAAAUCUCUUGGCAAUAUGCCUGCCGUGAGGGGAGAUGGUAUGCGAGGGUUAGCUGUCUUUAUAUCAGAUAUAAGAAAUUGUAAAAGUAAAGAAGCAGAAAUAAAAAGAAUUAACAAGGAACUCGCGAAUAUAAGAAGCAAAUUCAAGGGUGACAAAACUCUCGAUGGCUACCAGAAGAAAAAGUACGUUUGUAAACUCCUCUUUAUUUUUCUCUUAGGCCAUGAUAUCGACUUCGGUCAUAUGGAGGCGGUCAACCUACUGUCGUCUAAUAAAUAUUCAGAAAAACAAAUUGGAUACCUUUUUAUUUCGGUCUUGGUAAAUACCAACAGUGACCUCAUUAAACUCAUCAUCCAGAGCAUAAAAAAUGAUCUUCAAUCACGAAACCCCAUUCACGUCAACCUCGCCCUCCAGUGCAUUGCUAACAUUGGCAGUAAAGACAUGGCUGAGGCUUUUGGCACAGAGAUUCCCAAGCUUCUUGUGUCUGGUGAUACAAUGGAUGUCGUAAAACAGUCAGCUGCUUUGUGUCUGUUGAGAUUGUUUCGCAAGUCACCAGAAAUAAUUCCAGGAGGUGAGUGGACUUCAAGAAUUAUACACUUACUGAAUGAUCCUCAUAUGGGUGUUGUCACUGCUGCCACAUCCCUUAUUGAUGCUCUUGUUAAGAAAAAUCCAGAUGAGUAUAAGGGGUGUGUCACUUUAGCGGUGGCCCGUUUAAGUAGGAUUGUCACAGCUAGUUAUACAGAUUUACAAGAUUAUACCUAUUACUUUGUACCAGCGCCAUGGUUAUCUGUAAAGUUGUUGCGCUUGCUGCAAAAUUACAACCCCCCAUCUGAGGAGCCAGGGGUGAAGGGACGUCUAACAGAGUGCUUGGAGACAAUUUUUAACAAAGCCCAAGAGCCACCUAAGUCAAAGAAAGUACAACAUUCUAAUGCUAAGAAUGCUGUACUAUUUGAAGCUAUCAGUUUGAUUAUACACAAUGAUAGUGAAGCCAAUCUCCUAGUCCGUGCAUGUAACCAACUUGGACAAUUUCUGAGCAAUAGAGAAACCAACUUGAGAUAUCUGGCUCUUGAAUCUAUGUGCCAUCUUGCUACCUCUGAAUUUUCACAUGAAGCUGUCAAAAAGCACCAAGAGGUUGUUAUUCUGUCAAUGAAGAUGGAAAAAGAUGUCUCUGUUAGACAGCAGGCCGUUGACCUACUCUAUGCAAUGUGUGAUAAAACAAAUGCUGAGGAAAUUGUUCAGGAGAUGUUGGCCUAUUUAGAAACUGCAGACUACUCUAUUAGAGAAGAAAUGGUCUUAAAAGUAGCCAUUCUAGCCGAGAAAUAUGCUACAGAUUUUACUUGGUAUGUUGAUGUAAUUUUGAACUUAAUCAGAAUUGCAGGUGAUUAUGUCUCAGAAGAGGUGUGGUACAGAGUCAUACAAAUUGUUAUAAACAGAGAAGAAGUGCAGGCAUAUGCAGCUAAGACUGUAUUUGAGGCUUUACAAGCUCCUACAUGCCAUGAGAAUAUGGUUAAGGUUGGUGGUUACAUUCUUGGAGAAUUUGGCAACUUGAUUGCUGGUGAUACUAAAUCCUCCCCACAAGUACAAUUUGAAUUGCUCCAUUCCAAGUAUCACUUGUGUUCUGCAGCUACAAGAGCACUACUUUUAUCAACUUACAUUAAACUGGUGAAUUUAUUCCCUGAAAUUAAGAACAGAGUACAAGAAGUUUUUAGAGCUGAUUCUAACUUGAGAUCUGCAGAUGUUGAGUUGCAGCAAAGAGCCUCUGAAUAUCUUCAACUAAGUAUAGUUGCUAGCUCUGAUGUCUUGGCUACUGUCCUUGAAGAAAUGCCCGCCUUCCCUGAAAGGGAAUCAUCUAUUUUGGCAGUUUUGAAAAAGAAAAAGCCUGGCCGCAUACCUGAUGAUGUAAGGGAGUCUAAAAGCCCUCAACCUUCCAUAAUUCCGGCAGCAGCAAUGAAUUCUACAAACAAUACAAGUAACUCUAGUGCUGAUCUUCUUGGUCUGUCUACUCCUCCUGGUACUAAUGCCACCACUGGUAAUGGCCUACUUGAUGUCCUUGGUGAUCUAUACACUACACCUAAAAUAAGUCCCACCACUGUUCAGCAGAACAAUAUCAAGAAAUUCCUAUUUAAAAAUAAUGGUGUUCUUUUUGAAAACGACCUCAUUCAAAUAGGAGUCAAGAGUGAAUUCAGACAAAACUUGGGUAGAAUUGGAUUGUUUUAUGGAAAUAAGACCCAGUUCCCUAUUCAAAAUGUCCAUCCUGAAUUGCACUGGACAGACCUACAUAAGCUGAAUGUUCAGAUGAAGCCAAUGGAGCCUGUGCUGGAAGCAGGUGCUCAAAUUCAGCAGAUGUUAACUGCAGAGUGUAUUGAAGAUUUCACUGAUGCUCCUACCAUGUCUGUUUCUUUUAUUUAUAACAAUGUACCACAGAAGAUUACAAUGAAACUCCCAUUGACCCUCAACAAAUUUUUCGAACCGACAGAAAUGAAUGGAGAAUCCUUUUUUGCAAGAUGGAAAAACUUGGGUGGUGAACAGCAGAGAGCACAAAAAAUAUUUAAAGCUCAGGGUGCUAUUGAUUUGGCAGCAACACGCACCAAGCUUGCUGGGUUUGGUAUGCAGCUUCUGGAUGGUAUCGAUCCUAACCCUGAUAACUUUGUGUGUGCUGGUAUAGUGCACACUAGAGUGCAGCAAGUGGGGUGCCUCAUGAGAUUAGAACCAAAUAAACAAGCUCAAAUGUUUAGGCUCACAGUGAGAUCGAGCAAAGAGUCUGCCUCACAAGAGAUAUGCAAUCUACUGGCAGAUCAGUUCUAAUAAGGAGAUUAAGUUAACAAGAAAUAAAUGAUAAUAGCAGUGUUUGUUAAUAUGUAUAAGGGUUUGAGUUCCAUUUUGGAAAUUCUGCAGGAUCAUACAGUGUGCUGUAAUAUUUUGAUGAAAUUUGUACUGAUUCCAUUUGAAAUCUCUUGUGUAUAGUU